AUGCCUGGCCGCAUCCUCGUCGUCGACUCGGUGGCGACCACCUACUUGAGAGGCACCAGCAUGUCCAGGACUGGGCUCCAUCGGGCUGGCACUAGGAGGAGCUAUCUUCCGGGGCACGGAAUGGCGUGGUCCGAUGACGAUAGGAUCCCUGCAUGCCAUUUGUACUGGGAUGAUAGGGAUAUAUGCGAUCGUUAUCCUCACCUAGAUAAUGAUAUGUCCUUCACCGUCAGGCUGACGGAUGACUUCCUAAUUAUUACGAAAUUUUGGUGCAUGCGGAGGAUGACUCGAUUCCAGUUCUACCUCCAGGUGCGUUUUGUCAACAUAUUUGUUAGGAGCACCAGUGCCCUUCUCUUGAACAGCGGGAACCUUGUGGUCGUAGAGACCCCAUCCAAUGCAACGCUAUGGCAGAGCUUUGACUACCCAACGGAUAUUGUGCUUCCCGGCGCCAAGUUUGGCCGGCACAAGGCCACCGGCUUGAAUCUUGAGGCCAUCUCGAAGAAGAGCCUCAUUGAUCCGGGUCUUGGCUCAUACUCCCUUCGACCGGGCCUGAAUGGGAUGGUGCUCACGCGCCGCCGCAAACCCUCAGUGGUGUAUUGGCGUUUUUUCAAUUGGCCAUCCCCAAAAUCAGCACUGAACGUCAUACAGCUGAUCAACAUGACACUAGGCAUCGAUCCCUGGACCCGAGGUUUGAUUAACCCCAUUUAUGACAAUAACAAUGAAGAGGAGUACUAUGCCUUCACUCUGCUGAAUGAAUCAGCUUCUACAUACUUUUCAAUAGACAUCUCUGGUCAGGUCAUGAUAAAUGUUUGGUCGGAAGCCGGGCAGUCUUGGCAAAGCAUAUACGCCAACCCGCUCGACCCCUGCACUCCGUAUGCUACCUGUGGGCCAUUCACGCUCUGUAGUGGUAAUUCACAUCCAUACUGUGACUGUAUGGAGGGAUUCUCUCAGAAGUCACCACAGGGUUGGGACCUUGAUGAUCGAACAGGAGGGUGCAUCAGAAACACUCCAUUGCAUUUGCAGUGCACUAGCAAGAACACCAUGAUAAAUUCAACGGACAAGUUCCACCCCAUUGCUCGUGUUACAUUGCCCUAUGAACCCCAAAGCAUGGGCAAUGCUACCACUCAGAGCGAUUGCGCACAAGCUUGUCUCGGUUCCUGCUCCUGCACUGCUUACAACUAUAGCAUCAGUAGCGGGUGCUCUAUCUGGCAUGGGGAAUUGCUUAGUGUAAAUCUGAAUGAUGGCAUCGGAAUCAAUGCUCAGGAUGUACUUUACCUUCGUCUUGCCGCCAAAGAUCUGCCAAGUUUGAGAAACAACAAAAGGAAACUAAACAUUGGAGUCGUUGUUGCUGCCAGCAUUAUUGGUUUUGGAUUACUGAUACUCAUUAUGUUGUUAAUGAUUUGGAGGAAGAGACUCAAGUGGUGUGGUGCAUCAUUACAUGGUACUCAAGGUAGCGGUGGAAUUAUAGCCUUUAGAUACACUGAUUUGGCUCAUGCUACUAAAAAAUUCUCAGAACAGCUAGGAGCGGGCGGUUUUGGUUCUGUAUUCAAGGGAGUGUUAAGUGACUUGACUACUAUAGCAGUGAAAAGGCUUGAUGGAGCCCGCCAGGGAGAGAAGGAAUUUAGAGCUGAGGUGAGUUCACUUGGAGUGAUCCAACACAUCAAUUUAGUCAAAUUGAUUGGUUUCUGCUGCGAAGGUGAUAAGAGGCUACUUGUGUAUGAACACAUGUUGAACGGAUCUCUUGAUGCCCAUAUUUUUGAGAGCAGUGCUUUGGCCCUAAAUUGGAACACCAGGUACCAAAUAGCAAUAGGAGUUGCUAGAGGAUUGUCCUACUUGCAUCAUAGUUGUCGCAAAUGCAUCAUACACUGUGAUAUUAAGCCACAUAACAUACUUCUAGAUGCCUCGUUUGUUCCUAAAAUUGCGGACUUUGGGAUGGCAGCAGUCGUCGGAAGGGAUUUUAGCCGAGUUUUGACUGCAUUCAGAGGAACCGUUGGGUAUCUUGCUCCGGAGUGGCUUACCGGAGUUCCUGUUACACCAAAAGUUGAUGUUUGUAGCUUCGGUAUGGUGCUGCUAGAAAUUAUAUCCGGGAGAAGAAAUUCAGCUGAAGUACACAGUGGCACUGGCAGCAGUGGUCAUGUUGAAUACUUUCCUGUGCGAGCCAUCAGAAAGCUUCAUGAGGGAGAUGUGCAGACUUUGAUGGAUCCGCAGUUACAUGGUGACUUCAAUUUAGAAGAGGCUGAAAGAGUUUGCAAAGUUGCAUGUUGGUGCAUCCAAGAUAAUGAGGAUAACAGGCUUACAAUGAUUGAAGUAGUCCAGAUCCUUGAGGGUCUACAAGAGGUUGGCUUGCCCCCGAUGCCAAGACUACUAGCAGCUAUGACCGAAUCCUCCGACGGCGCUUCGGCGUAA